GAUGAAAAAAUGUCAAUUAUACUAGCAAUUGUUUUCAUGCGAUUUUUAGACACAGGCCUUUCACAGUAUCUGACCAACACCGUACACAAGACUCCGGCCGCAGCGGAGAAAGUAAACGAUCUUUGGUGUUUUUCCUGUAACGCAACCGAGGAUGGUGAAAAUUGCAUCGAGCUGAUUGGAAAUAAUGCUUCCUUUACGAAAAAGUGCUUUGGAGAUGAGUUGAUCUGCAUGGUCAAACAAUUUUCCUACACAACACACACCAGUAAUUCGAACGUGUCGGAACCAAAACUCUGGUCCCUGGAACGGAAAUGUACCAACGUGUGUGAACCGGGCUGUAUAAUAAUCGGAGAGCGGACAAAGUUGUAUGCAUGCACCAGCUGCUGCAUGGAAUCAAUGUGCAACACGGGGAAAGCUCGUUCCAGCAGCAUGUUCGCACAUUUUUACGCUGGGUGGAUGUUGGUUCUACUGACCCUAUCCAUUACUAGAUUUUUCAACGAUAUCCUAUAUUUUCCCUACAUUUUACCAAGAUAA